AUGUCUACUACUUUAGGAGAUGAUCCAUUGCUUGAUCCAACGACGGCACGCAAUAUCCUCGCACUUAUAAAGGAACUCGGAGACCGACCCUCUCACUCCAAUGAACUUAAAACAGCGUAUACCACCAUCCAUGGUACACUGGGAUCUCAGCUGGGAGUCGAUUUGAGCAACCCAUUAGCUAUCGAAGAACAAGUUCACAUUCAGAAGGAAUACGUUGCCAAACUCAAAUUUCGAUAUGUUGAACAAUCGGCUAAAGAAGAUUUUAUCAAGGCUCUCAGCUCUGCUCCCGAAGACGCCGAUAUGUCGUUACUUGCCUCUGAUACAGCUGCUGCAAAAUCAACUCUGAAGGAGGCCAAAGUCCAGCUCGACGCCACAUUUGCCAAGCACCGGGAGUUGGCAGAGCAGAUCGCGGAAGAAGAUGCCAGAGUCGCCGAUGAAAUGGAAGAAGCGCAAGCACUUGCAAAAGAGAUUGCGGAUAUGCAACUUGAACUGGCGCGACUACGAAGAGACCACCCACUUGCAGAUCGGGUGACUCAAAGCCAAGCUGAAGAUAUACUUGAUCAACAAGUUGAACAGCUUCGAGAUCUCGACGAACAACUUCAAACUCUAUCAGCUCAGCACACGGAAACACGCGAUGCACUAACUGCUACACUUGCUUCGGUCGAUAAACUCCGCCCCGAGGCGGCAGCUAAAGCAAGGGAAGCCGUCGCCCGUGCUGAGAGUGGGGGUAGAGAUAUGAUAGAAGCGGAAGCCCAAUGCGCCUGGCACCGUUCUGCCAUACAACUCUGGCGCGAAUUGUUUAAUCUAGAAAGCGUCAAGGCGGUGUCCAACAAUGAGCUCUGGUUGGUUUAUGCUAAACCGCGAUUUACACUGGCGUUGGUCUUUGAUCAUAUCACUCAUAAAUUUGCUGGCGCACGAUUGAUCGACAUUGACAUGAAUAUCUCCGAGUCGGUUGAUCUCGCAAUCACUGCCAACAACGUUCCUCGGUUGAUCAGAGACAUUCUUUGGCGAUUACAAGCUUGA